AUGAGACUCCAGCUAAAGAACGGGACUCACGCAGUGUUUCACGACCCUUCAAUUAUCAUGUGUAUGUGGGGAGUCUUCCAUUGUUAAAUGUUACAUCAGUGUACGAUGUGGUUCCGAUGUUUAACUGCUAGAGAGACGAUCAAAGACUAGAUGAAGAUGAUUAUCAGUGAGAAGUAUAUGGGCAUGUCUGGUCAUGGAAUUCAUAAGCAAACCCCGGCCGGAGCACGGUGGAGGCAGCUGAAGAAGCGGAGCCCAACCGCGACUCUGGUUAUCGUCUUCUUCCUCUUCCUUUUGGUCGGCGCUCUGGUUUUCGCCGUUUGGAUCAAAGCAUUUCAAUCACUCUUUUCAGGUGCUUAUCCAAGAUCAAUCUUCACAACUUCAAAAGUACCAAAGAAACCAGAAUUCCCACUACAAUGCACAAACCAUAACCUCGCCCAGACAUGUCCAAGAAACUACCCGACCACUCGAAACCUCACCAAGCAAUCUCAAAACCAUGCAUCAACGAGUCAAUGCCCGUCAUACUUCGUAUGGAUCCACGAAGAUCUGCGGCCUUGGAAGGAGACCGGGAUCACGAGGGACAUGGUCGAGAGAGCGCGCAAGACAGCGCAUUUCCGGCUCGUGAUCCUCGACGGGAGGGCCUACGUCGAGAAGUAUAGGCCGGCGCUACAAACUAGGGACUUGUUCACCUUGUGGGGCAUACUGCAACUCCUUAGGCGGUACCCCGGAAGAUUGCCUGAUUUGGAGCUGAUGUUCGACUGCGACGAUCGUCCGCUCAUCCUAAUGAAGGACUAUCGACGCCCCCGAUCGGGACCGCCACCAUUAUUCCGUUACUGCGGGGAUGGGAAGACGUUCGACAUAGUUUUUCCAGAUUGGUCUUUUUGGGGAUGGGUGGAGACAAACAUCAAACCAUGGGCACAUGUGCUGAAGGACAUACAAGAAGGUAAUAAGAGGAUUAAGUGGGAAGAUAGAUUGCCCUAUGCUUACUGGAGAGGGAACCCUAAUGUGGCCCCCACCAGAAGAGACCUCCUCAAAUGCAAUGUCACAGAUAAAUAUGACUGGAAUACCCGAUUAUUUAUUCAGGAUUGGGAGGAACAAUCCAAACAAGGGUACAAUCAAUCCAAUCUAGAGGACCAAUGCACACAUCGCUACAAGAUAUACAUUGACGGGUGGGCGUGGUCCGUAAGCGAGAAGUAUAUCCUGGCAUGCGAUUCUAUGACUCUGUUAGUACGUCCAGAUUACUAUGAUUUCUUCACCAGAGGAAUGGUCCCCUUGCAACACUACUGGCCAAUUAGGCCCAACUCCAAAUGCACCUCCCUCAAGUUUGCCGUGGAAUGGGGCAACAAUCACACCGGCAAGGCAAAGAACAUAGGAAAUGGUGGGAGCCAAUUCGUAUUCAAUGAGCUGAAGAUGGAGUAUGUGUACGACUACAUGUACCAUGUGCUGAGCGAGUAUGCAAGGCUACUGACAUACAAGCCGAGCAUACCGCCGAAGGCAGUCGACUUAUGCUCCGAGGCAAUGGCAUGCCCGUCGAAUAGGACAUACAGGAGGUACAUGGAGGAGUCCAUGGUGAUGUCCCCAAGCGAAGGAGCCCCAUGCACUCUCCCUCCUCCAUUCGACACUCCUUCGCUCCAAGCCUUCAGCGAGAAGAAGGCUCAUUCCACUUGGCAAGUUGAGAUGAUGGAGAAUGACUAUUGGCAAAAAGUCAACAGCAAGGACAAGGACAAGAACAAGAACAAGAAC